AUGUCCCAUUCUGCAACGUCUUCACCUCCACCGACACCGAGUCAUUCACCAAUUAUGAUCAAAGGAGGUUAUCAAUCCCCACCAUGCAUUUGCGGAUCGGUCCCGCUUGGAUCGUUAUCGGCGAACACUCUCGCCGAUUCACUGGGCGUCUCUCCCCUCUACAAACAACAAGAUUCCGCUCGAUGGACAGCAGCUGCACAUGUUUAUCACACCUCUCGUGCUCAUUCACCUACACAAGAGGGCCAAUUCUCCUUCCCGGAUGUUCCCGCCGAAAAUCUUUGGGUAAAUCCACAACAACUUGUCACGAACUUUAUCCAUAAAAACAGCGCAAUCAGGACACCACUUUCGUUGGAGGAUAUCGCAAAUAUGAAUAGAAAACGUCACAUUCAGGAAGGAGGUGUAAUUCGAAAUGAGGCAGGUGGACCAUUGGAAUUGGAAGCGAUAGCUGCUGUGCAUGAACUGUCGCAUGAAGUGCAGGAUAUAAGUGUCUCCGAGAUGUUGCCUAGAACAAGCGAUCUGAUUUUUGUCAACGUAAAAACACAAGAAGGUCAACCAUACACCUUGGAACUGACCCUGAAAGGUUGGAGGAUCGCUUCAUCGCAUACUGAUUGCAUGAAUGGAGAUUACACCAAGGUCGACUUGCAUACACGUUAUUUCCGUAACGCUCGUGAGCUGCUCAGUUUCAUAUCACCGGAUCAUGCAACACGAUUCAACGAGUGUUUGGCGAAUAAACUGAACGAAUUGGCAGCUAACGAUCCAACAUUUGUGGCCGCCAGUUGA